AUGGAUCAGAUGAAGGUGGUUUCGGCAAGCAAAGUGAGCAAGAGAUUUCUUCUUCUAGUAGCAAUCAUCGGUUUGAUGGUAACAUCAGCUGUUGCUAAAGGUGGUAGAGGUUUUGGUGGUGUUGUUAUCUUGGGAAGCGGCGGAGCUGAUGCUGGUAGACAUCAUGGAGCUGCUGCUGGUAGACAUCAUGGACGACGUAAUAACACUAGUGUCAAAACCUCAGCUUCUGUUACAUGGGAUAAUAGGCAUGUUGAUGUACUUGAUCCAUGUCUUCUCGGGGAACUUAAGAGAGAGCAUCCACACCGGCACCGGCGCAAGAAGGCCGAUGAGGAAGAAAUAGUUCAUGUUGGAGUACAAACCAAGACGUCCGAACAUCCGCAUUGGUCCAACCACACCCCAAAUGAUGGAGGCAUUGUAGUAAACAUCGUCUCCCGGACAUGUCCACGGGCUUCCUUCUGGCAGUUUCGAUGGAUCGCAGAUGUUUUCCACCGAUGUAAGGAGCCACCAAGCCGUGCCGAAGUAGACUGA